CGAGCACACGGAAGUGUUCUAGUAUGUGGUGUGCGUUAACUCCAGCUAUUUCUAUAUCAUACAUCAUAAUGUAUAUUUUUGAAUGAAUGCUAAUUUACUUGAGUCGAAAUAUACAUGGAGUGCCAUUGCCAUUCUACGGGGGUUCCACUUGUUGGCAGAAAAUUGGCUGGAUCAUCUCCAUAUCACUCGUCGUUCUCUUCUCCUCUUCCAAAUCCUUUUCUCCCGUGCAAAUUUCAGCCGCUUGUUUACCAGAAAAAGUUAUCAUUUCAUUCCUUGAGAACCCACCGAGGUCUCAUUCUCUCGGAAGCUGGAAGGCAAGGUUGGGACGUAGGUAGAUUUUUGAAAACAUUGUAUUUCUUUAACGGGCCACCCUCUCCUGCAAAGUUCUUUCAAAAUCUGAUUGAGAAACUCUCUGGUCCAUCACCUAGCGAAGCGGAAAAAGCAAUGGACACUUCAAGGAUAAUACUGGUAGCUGGAGCUACAGGUGGUGUUGGCAGAAGAGUGGUGGAUCUCUUACGCAAAAAGGGGUUACCAGUUCGAGUAUUGGUCAGAAAUGAAGAGAAAGCAAGAAGAAUGCUUGGUCCAGAUGUUGACUUGAUUGUCGGAGAUAUUACAAAAGCAAGCACAUUGAUACCCGAGUACUUUAAAGGAGUAAGAAUGGUGGUUAAUGCUGUUUCAGUCAUUGUUGGCCCAAAGGAAGGUGAUACUCCAGAUAGGGCCAAGUAUAGUCAGGGAAUCAAGUUCUUUGAACCUGAGAUUAAAGGUGAUUCCCCUGAAAUGGUGGAGUUCAUCGGGAUGAAAAAUCUGAUCAAUGCUGUUAAAGAAAAUGUUGGACUUCGCAGCGGAAAACUGGUGUUUGGAUUUGAAGGCACUUCAUCUAGAGAACUUCCUUGGGGUGCCUUGGAUGAUGUCGUCAUGGGAGGAGUGAGCGAAAGUACCUUUCAGAUUGAUCCUAAUGGUGGUGAAAAUGGUGGACCAACAGGAAUUUUCAGAGGUGUUGUUUCAACCGCAAACAAUGGAGGUUUUACCAGUAUAAGGACAAGGAAUUUCUCUAUAGCAGAAGAUCUGUCUGCUUAUGAUGGCCUUGAGUUACGCAUUAAAGGUGAUGGCCGUCGAUAUAAACUCAUUGUUCGAACCAGCCGUGAUUGGGACACGGUUGGAUAUACAACGGGCUUUGACACUGUGAAGGACCAGUGGCAAUCGGUUCGCUUACCUUUCUCUUCUUUGAGGCCUAUAUUUCGAGCACGAACCAUCCCCGAUGCACCACCAUUUAAUCCCAGUGAAAUCAUAUCAUUACAGCUGAUGUUCAGCAAGUUCGAGUAUGAUGGGAAGUUAAACCCAACUUUUGUGGAAGGUCAAUUUCAACUUCCAAUAUCCACCAUACGGGCUUACAUGAAGGAGCCGAUCACUCCCAGGUUUGUGCACGUGAGCUCAGCCGGUGUCACAAGACCUGAUAGGCCAGGACUUGAUUUAAGCAAACAGCCUCCAGCUGUCCGCUUGAACAGGGAAUUGGGUUUCAUCCUAACGUACAAGUUAAAGGGAGAGGAUUUGAUCAGGGAAAGUGGGAUACCAUACACAAUCGUCAGGCCCUGUGCAUUAACUGAGGAACCUGCUGGAGCUGAUCUCAUCUUUGACCAGGGAGACAAUAUAACAGGGAAGAUUUCCAGGGAGGAGGUUGCUCGAAUAUGUGUUGCUGCAAUUGAAAGCCCUUAUGCGUGUGACAAGACAUUUGAGGUUAAGAGUGUUAUUCCAUUCAGUGAACCAUAUACAGUGGAUCCAGAAAAUCCUCCCCCAGAAAAAGACUACAAUCUGUACUUCCAAACUCUCAAAGAAGGCAUUACAGGGAAAGAAAGCUUAGGGCAAACUCCUGUUCCUGUCUAAAACCCUGCAUGGUUCUUCUAUUCUGGCAAGUAUUUGGUUAGUCUGCUGUAUACAGUCAGUAUUUUAAACAAGAUAUGAAGACCAUCGAGAAAAGGGUGGUUGCAUUACUGUUUGAUGUGGGUUGUAAAAGAUAUCUGACUUGUAUGUAAUAUAACCGCAAAGGUUAGAGGUAGUGAAGAAGACGACCAAGGGAAAGGUAAAUUAGUGUGCUGUUUACAUGUGUUUCCUAACUGUAUGAUAUACCAUGAAGUUGUAUCCUGAUUCCAUCUUGUUCAUGAAGUGUGGUGAGUGUACUCCCUUAUCCACUAAAA